CCCUGCUCUCCUCGCCGUCACUCUCCGCGCCGGCCAUGGAGGAGGCGUCGGAGCGGACGCGGGGCCGAGGCCGCGGCCGCCGGGGAGGAGGAGGCGGGCGAGGCCGCGGGGGACGAGGAGCGCGCGGGCCCAGCGAGCGGCAGCAGCGGCCGGUGGAGGCCGAGCGAGGGUGGCAGGGACGCGGCUGCCGCCCGCCCCGAGGUCGCUGCUUCCCCCCGAGGCCGCCGGAGCUGCAGGUUGAAGAGGAUGUGGACACGAAGGAUCCGUAUGAUCAACCAAAUGAAUUUUCAAGAAGGAAAAUAGUUUCGAACUGGGACAGAUAUAAAACUGAAGAGAAAGGACUCAGUGAUGUUGGAGAAUCCUUGCGAGGUGCGGAUUUCAAUGUGCUGCUCAGUUCUGCAGGUGAUUCAUUUGCACAAUUUCGUUUUGCUGAAGAAAAGGAGUGGGAAAUAGAAGUUUCUACAAGUAAACAAAUGUCACCACUCUUUGUAGAUUGCCAGUCUCUGGCCCAGACUCUUCAGCAACUGCCACUUCACCUUCAACUGAAUGUGGAAGCUGAGUUGGUACAGGUAAAUCCACCUGCAGAGCUACCACAGAUCAGGUUGAAGAGUAUGGACGAUGGCAAAAGCAAAUUUGGCCAAUUUAGAGCACACACUAAAGCUUCCCCAACAAAUGUGGAAACCAUUCCGGUCAACAUCAUACUCAACUCUACAACACUGGAAUCGGAACGUACUGCUCCUGCAUCUGAAUCGCAGGAACCAGCAAACCAUCUGGAUGAGGAGCUGGAAUUUUUACUUCACUUAGAAACGCCUGUCAACAAGGAUGAUGUUUCCUUAAAAGGAACUCAGGACACAGAAGAUGAUCCUGAAAAUGUUGAUAUUUCAAUUGACACAUCUGGUGCUGAGGUAAUAGACAAUACAAAUUCACAACCAACAGGAACAGCUGAGAAGCUUGACCCCGAAGUGGAACUUGAAGAUUGGUUAGAUAGCAUGAUAUCGUAAUGUCACCAUGAUAGUCUUGCAAGGAUGUAAGUACUGACAAAAAGUACUUGACUCUGAAUGUAACGGUGGCAUUGCAUUUCCUUGCACAAAGCUUACAGUCGGGUAAUUACUUCUACAGCAUGUAUUUCAACAUUGAGGAUACAUUUUUCUUAAUUUUUGUUUCCAAGUGCUGCAAAUUAGUAUCAGAAUGUUAGUGAACAUAGAAAAAAUGCUCACUUCACUGAAUGACUUGGAUUCAGCAAAAUAAUUAUAUUUAUAUGUAAAAGGAGUAAUGGAAAUAAGUAAAAUCUAUUAGAUCCAUUAGUUUGUUAUUUUCUGAGUAAAGGACACAAUAAUAAAAUGUCAUUAAGCUAAGAGAUGCAUUCUAAGAGCUGUGAUUGUCAAUUAUCCAUAUGUUUUGGUACCAUUCACGACAGUGUAAUUACAGCAGGUUUUAAAAAACAUCUUUAUAUAGAUUGGUUCGAACAAAGUGAUAUCACAUUCAUGGCCAAAGAGAUAUUUAUUCUGUGCCUUCAAUGUGCUCCAGCAUCAGCUGUUACAAAAUGAUGCACUGUCAUUAUUCUCAUUAAACAAAGGCAUAUUUUUCUACAAAAGAUACAUUAUUGAAUUUCAAUUGCUUUAUUUCAAAACUGUAUUAUACUGUAGAUAGCAUGGUUGAAUUAUUUUAAAUUGAAGCUUUUAGGCUGAUUACUUUUAAUUUGAAGAAAAGAUGUACACCACAGCCAAUGCACAUUAAAAAUGUAAGGGUUAUAGCAUUUCAUUAAAUUGAAUGCCAUAUCCGGAAAAAAGUUAUAAAUUAACAGCUCAGCUGCUGCCUUGGCAAGCAGAGAUCAGUCAACAUAUUCGUACAGCAUACAAUAAGACUCAACAUUGUGAACAAAUUCUAACUUAGCUUUUUUUUUUGAGGAGCAUACACUAGAAAACAGAACAUGUUGUUACUUAGCAUUGGCUAAAGGUAAGGCACAAUUUAUUUUGAUGCUUUUUUUUGCAAUUUAUGACAAGGUGGUUCUGUUUAAUCAGUUAGCCAAAAGCUACAGAAAAGAUUAACUUCAAUAUCUUAAUAGUAACUCCAAAUCUGUUAAGUGUUACACUUUGUGUACUUAAAAGUUGAAUAUCACUGUUUAAGACGGUUGUAUUUUCAACAUCUUUCACAUUUAUUUUGAUUUUGAUUUGCAACAGCAAAUAUCUGUUUGCUCCAUUAUACAUUCAUGCCAAAUUCCAUGCGUUCAUUCAGUAGGUAAGUUCAAGCAAUAUUUUCAUUUAUCCAAGCUGAUCCUCGUAUUGUUUACGGAAACAAUCUCCAGCAGGGAAAAAAUCCCAACAGCGCUCUUGA